AUGGUGUGGGCAGGAAUCCAUCAUGGUGGUAGGACGGCUCUUGUGCAUGUGGCAGGUGCACUGACGGACAUCAGAUAUCGAUACGAGGUCCUGCAGCAUCACGUCAUUCCGCACAUGAACGUCAACGGUGGAAUGUUUCAGCAUGACAAUGCCAGACCACAUGUUGCACGUGUUAGUCAGAAGUUUCUGCAGCGCCACAACAUUGAUGAAGAAGUGCGAAACUAUUUCCAACAAGAGCGGGGUAAGAUCGUGUUCUACACGACCAGCAUGUGCGUGGUGCGGGACACGUGGGAGAAGUGUAAACUAGUACGCAACAUCCUGCAGACACACAUGGUGCGGUACGAAGAGAAGGAUAUGUAUAUGAGUCGCGACAAUCAACGAGAACUGGCGGAGAGACUCAGAGUCGAACGAGUCCGGGUGCCUCAAGUCUUUGUGGACGGAGUCCACAUCGGGGGUGCUUUUGAACUGGAAAAACUUAACGAAUGUGGCGAACUUAGAAAUCUAUUUCAACAGUUCCCGAAAAUCAGUGUUCGUUUGGCAUGCUCUUCGUGUGGCGGUUACCGUUACGUACCUUGUGGCUAUUGCCAUGGUAGCAAGAAAUCCUUAUUCCGGAAUAAUUUCACAGAAGAAUUUUGCGCUCUUCGGUGCAUGCAAUGUGAUGAAAGUGGACUUCAGAGAUGUGAGCUGUGUAAAGACCAACAGGAUUGAUUCCCGUUUUCGUUGUAAAACUGUUCCAGUCUUUCAGUUUUUCCACCUAGCUAUCUGAAAGAUGCGAAAGUUGUUUUUAUGUGUUCAUAUCGUGGUUUCUUAUCUUUAUAUAAAAAAAUAUAUAUGUAUAAUUCCAUAGUCAUCUUUUUACAACACCCUUGUUACAAUUGUGUCCUGCAUUAAUUGUAAUUUCUGAUAAAGUGUACCAAUGUUACAGAAAUGCAACGGGCUACUGACGCCAACCUUAACUCUAUCGACUGUGCCUUGCUAAUGCUGGGGAGGGUUGGAGGUGGGAGGAGGUGAGUAAUUGGUUUUGUUUUGGUUUUUUGCAAGAUUUUUGUUUUUCCUUCACGAAUAUAAUAUUUUCGAACUAAAGUUCUGUAACAGCUGAUUGACUCACCACUAUUUCUGAAAUGGUGGGACGUGUUACAGCAACACAGUAUUAUAGACACUGAUCAUGGUUAUUGUGCAGUGUAAAAUAUGUUAAGCUGUUGCAGCUUUACUGUUAAAUUACUCUUUACUUUAAAGAGUUUGUUUAAAUGAUUAAUUUACAAAGCCAGUGUGUUGUUGGUCGUUUUGAUUUUUAUAGAAAUGAAGAAGAAGAACUUUGGUUUGUUUAACGACACCAUUAGAGCAAAUUGAUUUAUUUAUCAUACGCUAUUGGAUGUUAAACAUUUGGUAAUUUUGACCUGUAGUUUUAGAGAGGAAACUCGU